GUCAUGCCUCCUCCUUGUAGUAUGACUCAGAAAUUACGCAAUCACUUUCACUUAUUCGGACUCCGUCCUUUUCGCGCCAUGUGGGCGCGCCCCUGACAUCAUGACGCAAUGUUUACUCAGCUUUCAAAAUCCCGCGCCGUGAUUGGCUGACGAGUUUGUAAACAACAACAGCGGCCCGGCGGCUAAAUUUGAUGGUGGUCACGUGACGUGUCAGAUUCGAACAAGAUGGCGACCAGUCCGGUAGCAGGCGACGGCGGUCGCUCCGAGAAGGAUGUAUUCAGUUUGGAGGAGAUUCUCAGGGCUUUUGGAGCGCCGAUUAACGAGGAGCAAGCCUGGGCGAUGUGUUACCAGUGUGCCAAAUCGUUACAGGACGACUGGAGGAGAUGCAGGAAAGAGUGCUUCCAGUUUACCGGCGGGGAGAGCGUUGCGCUACGGAAGGAUGGGUCGGUGGGAGCGGUCAGGACUGAGAGCUCGGGCCCGGCCCGGUUUGAAUCACAGCUUGUAUAUUCUCUAGGACUUGUAGUGUACAGAGCGUUAGACUAUGGACUGAGUGAGUCAGAAGAGAGAGAACUGAGCCAUCCUCUGGAAGACUUGAUAGACAGAAUGACCAGUAACGAUAACGAUGAUAGCCAGAAUCACGACGAGGGGAUAGAAGAUUCCGACGAGGAAAUCACAUCAGAAGACACAGUGAAAACAUUAGAACAAGUUGUAAAGCUAUGUGCGUCCCACCUACAGAACCCGUCGGAGGCGGCGGGGCACUAUCAGGCCGUGUGCAGAGCGCUGGUGGCCGAGUGUCAGGAACUCACCUCCUUCCUCGCCAAGAUAUCCAUGGGAAAGGAGGCGUUGCGAGAAAUGGCAGAUGAGAUUGGGGAUGUCGAUGAUGAAGACCUAGAUCAACUGCAACUAGCAAAGGAGGAAUGGGCGCGGUUAUGGAUGCAGGUGAUGAAAGACCUUCGCUCCGGCGUGCACCUGAAGAAAGUGGUGGUGGAGCACAACACGGGACCCAUGGAGUGGGAGCUCACACCAUACGAGAUUCUCAUGGACGACAUCAGGUCCAGAAGAUACGUGCUUAGAAAAGUCAUGCCGGAGGAGGUGAAUCAAUGGGUUGAUGGUGAGCCGCCCCAGGUCAUGGAAAAGCUACAGAAGAAUGCUCACGAUGUCAUCCUAGAAUUUAUCCGAUCGCGCCCGCCGCUUUCUGCAGCUAAGAACCGCCAGCUGAAGCCCGCGCCGCCCGAAGAAAAGACGCUCCACGAACGCAUCAUGGAUGAGAUCAAGGAACUGCCGAAGCUCAAGCCUGUCAGCAGAAGGAACCAGCUGGUCAAGAGUCAGACAAUCGACAUCGUGCGGGUAAAAACUGCGUUAGAACAAGAAGAAGAGGAGGCAGAAGAGGGUGACGAAAACGACGGGUCGCCCACGCCGAAGAAGAAAAUCUUGAAAGCCCCAGAUUUCAAAUUCAACUGGGAUUCAGAGGAGGAAACAGACUCUGAGAAAGAAAACGAAGAUUUCUCCGGGUACGACGAUGUUAACCCCAAAAGAAGAAAAGAGCCCGAUUUCGGUGACUUUGACCCCGGCCUCCCCGUGCCCGUAGACUCGGUGGUGCGGUACACGCGCUCCGCGGGCGUGUGGGAUUGGUUACGGGCCUCGCUCUCUGACUGGGUGGUGUCGCUUCUCGAUGCAGGGUUCCAAACGCUCGAGCAGAUCUGCGCCUACCUCUUCCCAGGUGCAGGACGGGGGCUUUCCAGGCUGCUCGCGGCCGUUAAGGGCUUGGGUACUAUCCGCGACGCACAAACGCAGGCCACUGCCCCCUCCUACGCCUACCCCGAUCUACCUUUUGAUGAAGAAGCACUAGUUCUACCGGGGCAGACGGUCGACGAAGUGACAGACCUGAUGUUGGAUCCCAGCACGCAGCAGAGGCCUCGCCGGAACAGCCUCGGGUCGGAGACUCCGACGCAGGAGAUCGCAACGCAGAGCCACAGGGAGGCUUGGAAGAACCCUGUGAAAACCAUGAUGUUUAAAGCCACCACAAACAGUUCUGCUUUUGCAGAGGCUUGGAAGAACCCCGUCCAGUGUCUGUCCCUGACCAUCGAAGAAGUGAUGCACAUCCGGGAGGUGCUGGUGUCAGCUGAGCUGGAGAACCUACAGGGCAGGAGGGAGAUCUACCUGCUGCUCAAGAAGGGAAAGAUCUGUUUCUCCUGUAGAUCUAAAAGAUUUUCCAUCUUCAACUGGUCAUAUACCUGCAAGUUCUGUAAAAGGUGUGUCUGUUCCCACUGCUGUAGAAAGAUGAGAAUCCCCACGGAGCACUUCUUGCGGACCCCGGUGUACACCCUGAGCCCCACAACCUCCCCUCACUCCAGCCCCUCCAAUGCUGUGGAUCAGCUGAAGGAGGACACCCUCACCAGCUUGAGCAGCGAGGCAGGUCAGGACAGCAGUGUUGAAAGCACUGGGUCUGCACCAAGUACUCCCAACGCCUCUCCCAGCAUUGCUCCCAAGAUCCUCCGCCAGCCCUUCCUGGACAAGGCUCCCAUGAUGGACAUCUGUGUGGACUGUAAGGCCUUCGUGUGCGACAUUAUCCGCGCCAGCAAGACCACGCUAGCGUACCACGCCCGACGACCGUUGACCCGACACCAGAGCAUGCGGCGGGACAAGUCGGCGCCUCCCCGGGCGAAGUUCGACCGAAACAACCAGCAUCUGUCGUCGGUCAAGUUCGACGCGUCGCAGCAGCAGGUUUCGUUUGAAAAGUGAGCCAAAACCUAUCAACGCAACGUUGUGUAAGGCCACACCAAUUUAAUUUGUU